CGUCGUUGUCGUCGCGAGAGAGGGAGAGAGAGAACAGAGUAGAGUUGAUUUAAUAUUAAAUUGGAAUUGCUUAGAGAACAAGUGACUUGAAACUUAUAACAUUAUUUAAGAAAUAUUUUAAUUAAGGACAAUAAAUAAAGUUGAACAACAAAAGAAUAGCAACAGAAAAAUGCCACCAAAAGAACGCAACAUUGCCAUGAUGGGCUAUAGAUCAGUGGGAAAAUCUUCCCUGAGUAUCCAGUUUGUUGAGGGGCAAUUUGUGGACUCCUAUGAUCCAACCAUAGAAAAUACAUUUACGAAAGUGACGCGUGUUAAUUCACAAGACUAUGGCGUUAAACUUGUGGACACCGCCGGCCAAGACGAAUAUAGCAUAUUUCCAGUACAAUAUAGCAUGGAUUUUCAUGGUUAUGUCUUGGUCUAUUCGAUAACCAGUCAGAAGUCGUUUGAAGUUAUUAAAAUUAUUUAUGAAAAAUUAUUAGAUGUUAUGGGAAAGAAAUAUGUACCUGUUGUUUUGGUAGGCAAUAAAACCGAUUUACAUCAAGAACGCACCGUUUCCACGGAGGAGGGUAGGAAAUUGGCCGAAUCUUGGCGUGCUGCAUUUUUAGAAACUUCUGCUAAACAAAAUGAGUCUGUUGCUGAUAUUUUCCAUCAGCUUUUAUUAUUAAUUGAAAAUGAAAAUGGCAAUCCCCAGGAAAAAAGCAGCUGUAUAAUUUCGUGAGUUGUCACCUGCGCGUGGAUCUAAUGCGAAUGGCGGCUACGCGAAAGAAGUCACAAUUCACGUCGUAUCAUUUCAAAAAAAAUACAAAACAAAAACAAUGAUGAACAAUGGCUGUUUGCCUCAAAUGCAAUGGAAAACUGGAAGAAAGAAUGGUCUAGAAAAACAAAACAGAUAAAAUGGAAUGAAAGAAAAUAAAUUGGUAAAUCAUUAAAAAAGGAUUUGUUUUCUCAGAUGUAGUGUUUAUAGCAUAAUAAUACAAUAAUUAAUAAUUCUCGACUCUUUAUUUUAUUUUAAUUUUAUUGUUUUUUUAAACCAAUUUUCUUUAUGAUUAGCUUUUAGUAGCAAAAACCAACAAAAAAAAAAACAAUAACUAACAAAUCCCCCAAUUAUAUACAAUUUACAAAAACAACAAGCAAUUAAAUAUAAGUUACCUCAUUUUCCAAUGUCCAAGUAAAGGGUUAAUAAUAUAUUUUUUUUGUUUCAUUUUCACAUGUCCUUCCUUUUUUGUUUUAAACAAUUGUUUUUAUUUUUUUGCUUUUUAGUUUAGUUUCAAUUUAAAAAGUAUAAAAAGUUUUCAUUUUAAAUUUUUUUUGAAUAUUUAAAUAAGUUUUUUUUUUUUCUUAAAAACAAAAAUUUGUAUCUGUUGUAUUUACACACACAAAAAAUAAACAAAACAAAAAACACACACACAAAGACAAAGAGGGCGUUUAUAUAGAUUUUAAUUUACAAUAAAACAAGAAAAAUAUCAAUAAAAGUUAAUAAUAGUCAUUAU